ACCAAACAAUAUCGCCUACAGAUGAAAGUCCCAUGCCUGCACCCCCGCCCAAGGUAACACCUACGACUCCAAGUGUUGUGCCUGCACCAACAGCCAAGGUAACACCUACGGGCUAUGGCCCCAAGUGCUCUGCCUGCAACUAUUGGCCCAACAAGCAUGAAAGUGAAAUCCUCUUCUAUAAGAAGAGUUGUUGCAAUUUUAGCUACUGUAGGCGGCUUCAUUUUUCUUUCCAUCUUGUUCCUCAUCAAUUACUUUAUACGUAAACGAAGAACACAACGACAUCAUGAGAUGGAGGAGGAAGAGUUUGGGGAGCUACAAGGAACAUCAAUGAAGUUCACAUUUCAACAGUUAAAAGCAGCAACUGAGCAAUUCACAAACAAGCUCGGGGAAAGAGGAUUUGGAUCUGUUUUCAAGGGACGGCUCGCUGAUGAAAGGAUUGCAGUAAAACGUUUAGAUCGAGCGGGUCAGGGCAAAAGGGAAUUUUCUGCAGAGGUUCAGACAAUUGGCAGCAUUCAUCAUAUUAAUCUGGUGAGAUUAAUUGGUUUCUGUGCAGAGAAAUCGCAUAGGCUCUUGGUAUAUGAGUACAUGCCAAAUGGAUCCUUGGACAGAUGGAUCUAUUGUCGACAUGACAAGGAUUCACCUCCUCUAGAUUGGAGCACACGGUGCAAGAUUAUCACUAACAUAGCUAAGGGUCUCGCUUAUCUUCAUGAGGAGUGCAUGAAAAAGAUUGCCCAUUUGGAUGUCAAACCACAAAACAUCCUCUUAGAUAAUGACUUCAAUGCUAAACUUUCUGACUUUGGACUAUGCAAGCUCAUUGACAGGGAUAUGAGUCAAGUGUUUACCGGAAUGAGAGGCACACCUGGAUAUUUAGCUCCUGAAUGGUUGACAUCACAGAUCACGGAAAAGGCCGAUGUCUAUAGCUUUGGUGUUGUGGUCAUGGAAAUCAUUAGUGGAAGAAAGAACCUCGACAAUUCUCGAUCCGAAGAGAGCAUCCAUCUCAUCACGCAAUUGCAGGAAAAGAUUGAUUGCAAAAGAAGGCCUAAAAUGUCUGAGGUAGUCAAGGUCUUGGAAGGUGCCAUGAAUGCAGAGAGCAACAUUGAUCAUAACUUUGUUGCAACAAAUCAAGUGUAUUUUGGCGCUGAUGGAAAUGUGGUCUCCUCGGUUCCACCUCUAGCUUCACAUGUAUCAGGUCCCAGGUGAAAUGAGAAAAUCUUGACAAGAUAGACAAUUAAAUUAUGAGAAGGACAUGAGAUAUUCUUAUGUAAAGCAAACGAUAAGUCUGUUGUAUCUUCUCAAAUUACUAUAAUCUGAAGCCCCUUGUCUCAAGUUAAUUUUA